AUGGGUAUGUUUGAAAUUCGUGUUACAGAUUACAAUGGUAUCGAUGUAAUACGCGCUGAUAACUCUGGACGUGGUGUUUUUGACAUAUUCUCUUCAAUAAACGGCAGAUACAUUGGCACUAUAGACCGCCACCAGGGCACAGUCACUGCAAAGGGUAAUUCAUACGUUGCGACUGAUAUUAAAAGUGGAUGGGGGGUGAAAGAAUUCACGAUCGUGCGCAACGGCAGUCAUCCUGUUAUUUAUAAAACACUUGGACAUGUAGCUGUCGAUCAACGCGAAUAUCAACCAUUGGCGUUGUUGAUUUAUACGAUGGAAGAGCAUUGGCACUUUGCGCCUUCAGGUCCAUCUUAUUCUGGUCCGAAUUUCAUUGGUGGUGGCUAUAAUUGA